AUGUCGGGUAUUGCGGCUACAAUAUGCUUUUAUGGAUGCUUUUACGGAUGCUUAGUUUGCUGUGAUGCAUGCAUUUUAUGAUCUUGACUAAAGUCUAACCAAAAUUUUCUAAAGUCAUUGCUUAGAUUUUUUGUGUGACUUAUUAUAAACUACUAUAUUUUUAGGUUUUUUGGCUGAAAUGAAUAUAUAUUCAAUUUUUUUGAAAUAGUGGGAAUUUCAGAUGAAGUAGUGGAACUUGAAUCCUCAGUUUCAAAUUUUUUGGUCAUAAGUUAAGUGCUAUAAGACCAUAAAGCUGAUAGACUUAAGCCUGCCUACCUGGAUUUAACCCUAUCAAACCUUAGGAUUAUCUCCCUAGGUCAGAGCCACCUCCUGCAGAAGUCCGCUAAUCCCGAUGAGCAAAUACUUAGUGAAAGGCAAAAUCUUUCUAGCCAUCUAGCUGGGGCAUGUAAAACCUUCGGAGAGAAAAAAAAUCCUUUUCUGCAAGCAUCCCCAAGCACAAAGACUUACUUCAAAACGUGGUGGGGCACUAUUUAACUUCUUCCUGACGUCCUGCCUGCUCCAUAGCGAGUGUGUGGUUUAGAUCAAUCUUCCAUCGGUAUCACCAUUUGUUUAUUUUGUUAUAAGGUAUGCAAUGAAAAUAUACGAAAUAUUAUCUUACGUAGGGUAUUGGCACUCAACUUAUAAUUGAAGCUUAAUAGUCCCAAUUUUACUCUGGAUCAAUCCACUGCAAACCAUAGGUGACAAAGCAUCUAGUGUUUGCUUACUGCUAAACUGAAAUAUUUUAUAUAUUUACUCUGCGACUCUUGACGAAAACUCUCAAUAUGGAAAAAUAUUUCCUUCUAUAUACCCAAUUUUACAUAUAUUAGCAUCUUAUUGGAUCUAUUGAAAAAGAUAUUCUUUAUUGAGUUCGUCAAAUAAAUCAAAUAUAAAUUGAGGCAUAGGCAUAAAUCAACUUUUAGUAUUUGCUUCAUGAGUUUUCCUAUUUUCUAAGAUAUAUUAUGGAAGCUUAUCAGCUGGAAUCCUUGAAAUCAUAAAGUUAUUAUUUUGGAUAUUUACUGAAUAUAUUGUUCUCUAUCUCGUUCUUGUGAUUUAUGUCCUACUAUUCACCCGUUUUGGAGAUGAAGUUUAUGAAAAUUCAUAUGCCUGUAAGGUCAAAGGCAAAAACCUUCAACAAAUUGGGAAUUUUGCACUAUCAGAGCUAUUUGGAUUCUUUGUGCUUAUUAUCUUGACUAUAUUUUUAUAUUGAACUUAGAUUUAAUUGCAUUAAUUUAGAGUGCUUAAGGUGUCUAACGAUACAUCCUAAAGAUGGGAGAAAGCCAAAAUGGUGGUUCGAGCAUUUCUGAUCAAAAUGAUCGGACAAUCCCAAAUAAACCAUCAACCCGGCACUAUGCCAUCCCCCUUUCUCCAUUUAAUUCAUGUGCUUGCUCUAACUAAGCUCAUCCCCUCGGAUGUGCUGAGUAGUAAAAUUCUGAGCCUCUUGAUGACUGUAGAGCAAUUCCUCUUGCUAUCCCAAAGUUAAACCGCUGUUGUUGUGCAGAAGUUCUCGAGGGAAAAUCAAACCCCAUAAUAAAAGUCCAUGAGAAUAGAAAAUUAGAAGAGCUAAUUUCUCUCGAACCGAAUGCCAUUUUAUUUAUAUUGAACUUACUAUAUUUUAGAUAUUCUUUUUAAUUCUCCUUGGAUACUAACUGAAGGAUUUGUGUUUAUGCUAGCAUAUAUUGCUACUUUAUGAAUGUCAUUUUCAUCGUCAUUUGGCUCUAUUAGAAACAGUGAUGUGUGAACUUGGAACUUUGCUGCAUUUUAUAUGGAACUUACACUGGUUAGAUUUCUUUUUAUUUAA